AUUUACUCUUUCAAAAUUUCCACGUGAAUUGUCAAGAAUCGGUCGACAAAAACGUCUUCUCCCUAUCUAUCUCCAUCUCUUCCAAAGUCCCUUCCUAUAUAUAUAUAUAUAUAUAUUUGUGCAUGCAGUUUCUGGACUUCAUCCAAAAAACACAAGAAGAAAAGAUUAUUCAAAAAAGUUCAAAAUUAAAAGAGACAUGAAGAGCAUCAUGGUAGCAUUGCUUCUGGCAAUUGUGGUCAUGAACAUGGCUUCAUUAGGUCAUGCCCUCCCGGACGACCAAAGUCCGGCCGCCAUGCAAAAAUGGUUCCAACAUUUCCCCAAUGCAGUUCCUAAGUUGACAAAACUCCACUUCUUUGUUCACAACAUUGUCAACAUGGAGAACCCGACGAGCGUCCCGGUUGCUCAGGCGGAAUCCACCGCCACGUCGCCGACGAAUUUCGGUCUAGUGAGUGUAAUAGAUGCUCCAUUGACAGAAGAACCGAACUCGAAAGAAAUCAUUGGUUAUGUUCAGGGAAUAUUUGCUCCAUCCUCAAAUGAAGAAUUAAGUAACCUUUUAAGUGUUAAUUUUGUUUUCACCGAAGGUAAGUACAAAGGUAGCACUCUUAGCGUCUUGGGGCGUGAUCCGGUGGCUGAAACCUACCGGGAGUUUCCGAUCAUUGGUGGUUCUGGCGAUUUCCGGAUGGCGCGAGGGAUUGGCACGUCGGCAGCUAGCUCGGUUAAUUCCACCACCAAAGAUGAUAUUCUUGUUGAGAUGCAUUUCGUUUUUUACCGUUAUGUUCUUCCUGGUUUCGACUCCGAUUCUGAAGGAUCACGAUGAAUUAUCAGCAUUUGAUGCUAUGUCAAUUCCUUUUUUCAUUUUUUUUUACGUUCAAUUCCCUUUUGUAUUCCUUCGUCUUAAUAUCAAUAAAUUUGUGAAGUUUAAGAUGUAAAGUGUUGGCAUAAUAAGAACAUCUAGAUGAUGUGCUUUCUAAGAGAUCGAUAUAGCCUUUUAAGGUUAUCAUUGUCCUACUGCAAUACUGUUUCCUUUGUAAUUUUUCACCUAUACUUUUGUAGGCCCGUGUUUUUCUUCGAUCUAGGGAAAUGAAUUCGGAGAAUCGAUUUCACACAUCUAGGCUCUAGAGAUUUGUAAAACCUUAUGAGAUAUCAAUUGUAAUGAUUAAGUCUUUGAAUGAGGUUGCGCCUUUUGUGUUCGUGUCCUGGUUAUUGCUUACAAUAUUCAAAAUUACAAAGAAAGAUAAUUUAUGAAAUUCUUAGAAAGCAUAGCGAAUUAUAUGGUUGGAUAUAAAACUAUACACGCAAUAUUGAACGGACGAACCAUGCAUGGAGAUCGAGUUUGGAUAUAAACGAUCAUGUCCGGG